AUGUUCAACGAGGUGGAUCUUCAUUCACGGGAUAAGGAUCCACCCACAAACAUCGAUGGUGCAGAAGUACUAGAACAUCAAAUUUACAACAGUGCCGAUGUUAUACGAAGAGUGAUGCAAUCAAGACGUAAUAUUCCAUGUCCCAUUGCGAUGGGGAAUCCAGAUCCGGAACUGGUGGAGAGAGUGACGAGGAGGGAAAGGGAGAGGGAAGCACGAAGAAAGGCUAAAGAUAAUGAAAGGUUAUGCCUUCUUCUGGGUAGGGAACUACCCCCAUCCAGGCUGGGAAACCAGCAGUGGUGCUCGUGCGGAUCCUGUAAGUCGUUCACCAGGAUUCGCGAGAACGUUUGCUGUCGAGAAGCACUGGAAGAAGGACAGGGCACGGAAGCGUCGAGAGGGCUACGCGAAAAGUUGAAGGACGGUGGACAAUGCAUUGUCCAGCAUCCUUCAUUUCAUAAAGUGGUGCUGGACCCUGAGACGCUUCGCGUACUGCUGGUCAACCUAAGGGUGGAAAGGAAGAAGGCAAAUGCACCAGUUGAGGACGAAAACAGGCGAGAUUCUUUCAGAAGAGGUCUUCUUCAGGGCGCCAUUUACAAACAACAUGAUGUCGCCUACUUUGAUGACAACAUCACUCUUAACGAUUAA